CUUCUAUACAGAAUAGGACAGUAAUAAACAUUUAGAUCGGCUCAAUUGAUCAAGAGGAAAAAAAAUAUGAACAGAAAUGGAAGAUUAGAUUGGCUGAAGAAAACUUCAAAUUGGAGGACUGUGAGGCGCGGGUCAGCAAGCUUGAACAGGAUUGGAUCAUCAUCAGUGGGCAGAGUGAUGCCCAGGAGGAAGCUGGAAGAACAACAGAAAGCGAUCCAGACAGCCAAGGAGAAAGUCAGAAAAUACAAAGCCCAAGAACGCGCCGAGUGGGCGGACUUGAUCAAAGAAAACCAAAACAAGUUCAAGAGUCCUCAUGAGUUUUUCAGGUAUCUCGGCGGGAAGAAAAUUGAGAAGCCUGAUAGGGUUCCAUGGUGUUUGAAACCAAGAGCCAUGAUUGGAUCCAGUCGAAGUCAAACAGGCCAUCCAAAGCUUCAUGUCAGAAGGCUUGAAGGCCAAGAAUGUGGUGUUGGAUAAGGAAAGAGAAAAAAAGGUCAACAGAGCUGCAAAAUCGAUCGAGAGUCAAAGGAAAGGGAAGGGGAAUUCCUAUGAGAUGAGAUGAGAAAAGAUGUGGGAGGAGGGAGGGGGGAGGAUGGUAGCAGAGAUGCAUUAAAAACCAAAACCUCUCAGAGUCCGAUCGGCUUUGGCGGCCAAGGAAGGCUGACUUUGACUUGAGAGACUUGAGAAACCGGUGUCUUGAAUCUUCGCAAGAUUUUGCGAAAGAU